AUGGACAUUCAGCGAGGCUCUCGCCGGGCCCGUCAUGUCGCCGCCAACACGGCGGCCAACCAAGCGGCCCAGGCCCAGCAACACACGUCGCCAACACCGGACGACGGCCUCCGCCCAGGUCAUUUGCGCCCCGCGCCGCCGCGGUCGCGCGACCUGCACAGGACGCCGGACCAGCGGCACCCAGAGAGCGACGACGAGCACGAGAUGCCCACCGUGGCGCCUCGCGUGAAUCCGUUUCGAUUACAUCGAUCGCAGCCGCAUCACCCCAUGCCGCGACAGCACCUCGGGCAGAUCCGCAUCACCGAUGGUGGCGCCCUCCUACGACGGUCCAGCUCCCCCGUGCCCAGCGAGUCGCCCGUGGCGCAGGGUGAAAACCACGACGCCUUCGUGGACCGGCUGGAACGCGAGGGUAGCAGCGUGCUGCACCAGGUGCGGCAGCUCUCGGCGCGCGUGACGGCACGGUCCGCAGGAUGGCGCUCGCGGUUUGGCGGCAGCGUGCGGAGACACCGUCGUCGCAGCAGCAGCACGCCGCCGCCACCGCCGCCGCCGUCGGGCGAGGAGCCGAACGUGAACCUCAACGAGGAGUUGAGCAUGGAGAUUGAAGACUACGAGGAAAUGAGCACGGAGAUUGAAGAGUUCGCCGACACUGACCAGACGGACAACGCAGCGACGAGAGGCACGACGACGCCACGACUGAGCAUGCCCUUGGGCUCUGAAGAUGACGACAGCUCCGGCUCGGACCCGGAUCUCAGCGUGCUUGCCAUAGCUAGGGGCGGUGGCCGCGCGGGUGCCGUUGCCGCACAGGGAGCGGCAGGGGGGAACACGCGGGAAGAGCAAAUGCUGCUGCUGCAGCAGGCCGAGACCCUGGCAUACGAGGACGAGGUCAUGUCGCAGGAGCAGUACGAGGCGGAGGAGACGAGCAUUGAGGAGCAGGUAGAGGAGGAAGAAGAACAGGAGGACGAAGAGGAGGAAGAGGAAGAGCAGGAGGUGCUUGUGGACCCAGCUUCAAUUGGACUCAAGGAGAUCUCCAAUCUUGGGAAGUUUACGGUCAGCAGCCACAAACCUGGCAACGGCGUACAUGAGCUCCGAAGCGACGAUUUGAAGCUUUACUGGCAGUCGGACGGCCCGCAGCCGCACAAGCUCACCGUGUACUUUAUCAAGCGCGUGGGGAUCCGAGUGAUUCGAUUCUUUGUCGACUACCAGGAGGACGAGUCGUACACGCCGACCAAGAUUGUGUUCAGGUCGGGCACGAGCGAGAACAACAUGAUUCCCUUUGCGACCAUGACCAUGGAAAACCCUUACGGCUGGCAAGAUGUGCCCAUAAGCGGGGCGGGCGGAGAGCCGGACGGCAACACGCUCGUGUCGUAUGUGCUGCAGAUGGAGAUUUUGGAAAAUCACCAAAACGGCAAGGACACGCACCUGCGCGGCAUCAAGAUUUAUGCGUUUGACCCGGACUCGGGCCAGCAGGCGGGCGGGCAUCAGAGGGCGCGGCGCGAGGAGGACGACGAGGCGAGCGGUCGAAAGGGAGCAGCAGGGACGAGUGGUGACAGGCUGAGUGAUGUGGCGAGGAUAUUGGCAGAGUCGAGGGUGCAUGCGGGAGAGGGCGCGUUUUCAGCGACGGAUUUCCUGAGGGAGCCUGAGCUGCGGUAG